AUGAUGACGUGCCGUCUGCUGUGCGCCCUGUUGGUGUUUGCCCUGUGCUGCUGCCCGUCUGUGUGCGCGGCAGAGUCUACUGCGCAUACUGAAGUUAAGGCUUCUGUCGCCGCGAGUCCACAGUCCCCUCCAUCGGUGACACUAACACAGGGGAAAAGUGAGCCAGGGUCGUUAGGUAAUGGGUCUGUUGCGGACCUGGGAAGUACUGCAGUAGAUGGACCAGCCUUGACCGCUGCAGGUCGGGAAUCAGGUGACGUGUCCAACACGUUACAAAAUCAUGGUCCUGACGGUACUCCAGGACCAGAAAUCAGCACAAGACAAUCCGCAGAAGAAGCAAAUCAGGAAGCCGAAGAUCCUGCCGAGACGACCACGACGACGACUACAACACAGGCACCAACAACGAUAACAACCACUACAACAAAGGCACCAAGUGAUACGGCCAUGAAUACAGAGGCGCUAACCACAACGACGACCACCCGCGCACCGUUACGUCUUCGCGAAAUCGACGGCAGCCUCAGCAGCUCUGCGUGGGUGUGUGCCCCGCUGCUGCUCGCCCUAUCCGCGCUGGCGUACACCACACUUUGCUGA